UACACUUACAGCUAGAGACGAUAGAGACAAGCUACAGCUAGAGACAACGAGUUACGGCGCCAUGGCAACUGUCGACGCACUCUUUGCUCAGGCAGCAAACCAACAAAACAUCCAAACCCGCCCAUCCCUCGCCGUCAAACUCGAACCACCGCAACUUCGUCCCAUUGCCUUCCGAGUCUUUACAAAGAAGUACGGCCUCACUCUCAAAUCAGACGCUCUCGCACUACUCGCACAACAUGUCGGGCAUCGUUGUGGCGCGACGUGGCGAGCGACCUGUGAGCCUGUGUUGGAUGAAAUUGCGAAAUCCUGGAAGAGACUCAGAGAGACGGAACCCAUUGUCGCUGAAGCAGGUCUAGCGCCCAUCAUCCGGUCACUCAAUGUACCGCAUGCUGCUCGACCAGCAACUCUGGCACGAGAAGAGACGUUGGUGGCGGAAGCAGCAGGUCUGCAAGUGGGACAAACACUAGAGAAGCUUGAUCGCAACAAGUACCUGCAGUGUAUCGAUGCCUUUACCCAACCACAACAUCGAUUCGUAACAGAGCGUGCACUAUUUGAGCAACUUCCAGCGAAAGAGGUGCGCUUGUUGGCUGACAUUACAGCCAGUGCACAAGUAUGGCUGGAUCGCUAUGCAUUCUUGAAAGCACGCAUCUUGCGCCAUGCAUCUUUUCAAACACGUAGCUUUGCCAAUCAGCAAGGUGCCUUUCACAAACUCACUACAAUCAAGAACCUUCUCGGCAGGCAAGGUGGCGACUUUAUGCUAUUUGGUUUGCUCGUCACAGGUGCAGAUGGUUCCCUCCACCUGGAAGAUCCAGAUGAUCAAAUCAAGCUCGACUUGACAGAAGCGACAUUCGGUGGAGGCUGGUUCGUUCCUGGCUGCUUCGUCUUGGUGGAUGGACAUUACAAAGAAGACGGCGUCUUUCUCGUUGAUCAGAUGGGUCAGCCGCCAAAUGAGCUUCGUGAACAGUCCCGCAAUGUGUAUGCAGGUUUCGAUGUGCUUGGCGUUGGGAUUGAACGUUCCCAGGAACGUCAUUUGCUCAAAGCAGAACAAAGCUACAAGGAUGCCAAGAUUGUAUUCUGCAGUGAUGUACGGCUGGACGACAUACGCUCCAUGAAAACAGUCAAACAAAUGCUCGGCAACUAUGAGGUCUUACCGGUUGGUGAAGCGCCAUUGGCUAUUGUACUGAUGGGCAACUUCAUCUCACAUCCACAUCACACGAAUGGUUUCUCUGCAACGUACAAGGCACUCUGGGAUAGACUCGCAACCAUGCUUGAGGGAUUUCCAAAAGUAUGCGCACAAAGCAAGUUCAUCUUCAUUCCAGGCUCCAAUGAUCCAUGGUCUCUUGCUGGUACAGUUGUUUUGCCUCGCCAGCCCAUCCCAAAGAGCUUCCUCAAUCGUGUUGCUCGAGCAGUCAAGGAUGUCACCCUGGCCACGAAUCCCUGCCGAUUGAGCUACUUUACGCAAGAAAUUGUCAUUUGUCGCGAAGACUGGUUAGAACGAUUCAGACGUCAGAGUGUUGCUACAAAGGCAAAGCCUACACCAAGAGCAGACGAUGAAGAUGAGGCGAUGGCAGAUGAAACACAGAUGGACACGCCGGUGCUCGAUGGUCUCGAUCAAAUCUCACAAACAUUGGUCAGGACGAUACUGGAUCAAUCAACACUCAGCCCUUUUUCACAAUCUACACGACCGACGUACCCAGGGUACAGUGCUUCCUUACGGUUAUUCCCCUUGCCAAAUGUUCUCGUCUUGGCGGAUGGCGCAUUGCCUAGCUUCCAACAAACGUAUUCUGGUUGCCUUGCCAUGAGUCCUGGGCCGAUGGCACAAGGAAAGGAUGGGACCUGGAUCGAGUACUGGCCAGCUGAAAAAUCUUGCGUCGAGAAGAAAGUCUAUGUACACUAAAACCCAUUGCACUACAAUUCAAUACCUGGAUGGCUUGCUCUUGUGUCUUCCUUCGCACAAUUGAGCCACAUUGUAUUCCCGAGAAACGUUUGAAUUGUAAAGUCUGGAAUGAAGAAUGGUACCAUCAACAAGUACUUCUCCUGUAUAUCACAACCAGCUGUCCCUCGCUUAGCCUCAAACUUAAGCUCCAGGUAGUCAUACUGUAAGACAUCGCGAUCAUACAAUUGAACCGUGAUUAUUUGCGGCAGAUUGUAAGCUCGUGUUGCUGUUGCGCAUGGACCCAGCAAAUCACAGCUUCUUGGACAAUGAGGCAUUGGAGGCAUCUCUUCAAGCAGCUCGGUUUCGUAAUUCUUGAAGCCACACCCUCGAGAGACGGCCUCAGAGCAAUCGAUCAUAUCAGAUGCACAUAAGACCGGCUGGCUU